UGACGUUUAUAAACUUUUUGAGACAAGACAAACAGGCAGCGAUUAGAUCGUACUUUAUUCCUUCAUAAUAUUGUAUAAUUCAAACUGGUUUUUUGUGCGUGUGUGUUUAUUUGACUCGGUAUUUUCCAUUAAAAUGUGUUUUUGAAAUCUUGUGGUUGAAAAUUGUGUUUUCAAACUAUUUUGUGUAUUGUGAUCACAAGUGUCUGGAUAUUUGAUAACUGCUCAGUUCGUGGAGUUUCCAUGCUUUUUACCGCAGGAUGGACGAUUUCCAUAGCCGACCUAGUACAUCAAAGAGUGGGCAGUAGACCCGGGGCCCGGCGCGGCAGCCGCAGCUGGCACGAGUCAUGACGCGGUUCAGGCACUCCAGCUCUGCGCCGGCGUACGAGCUGACGGCGGGCGCGGGCGGUGGCGGGGGCGGCGCGGGCGCGGGCGCGGCGGCGCUGGCGGGCGCGUGCGCCGACCUGACGCUGGGCCUGCAGCCGCUGCCGCUGCACUCCGCGGUGCCCGCGCCGCAGCUUGACCCGCGCAAGAGGAAGUCGCACUACAGUUCUGACGCGUACGACAUGGCGGGCUGCGAGGCGUCGCUGACUGCGCCCGCGGCGCCCGACAUGCACUCGCCCGGCCUGCACUCGCCGGGCAGCGCCACGCGCAAGCGCAAGCCCUCGUCCUACGGCACUGCCAGCGCGUACGAUGACGAUGGCACCGACGACACGCGCUCCACGCGCACCCUGCCUGAUAAGAAACAGAACCACAGCGAGAUUGAGAAGCGGCGGCGCGACAAGAUGAACACGUACAUCACGGAGCUGAGCUCGAUGGUGCCGAUGUGCGGCGCGAUGGCCCGCAAGCUGGACAAGCUGACGGUGCUGCGCAUGGCGGUGCAGCACCUGCGCUCGGUGCGCGGCGCGCUGUCCGCGUGCCCGCUCACGGCGCGCCCGCGCCCCGCCUACCUCUCCGAGCGGGAACUCAACGCGCUCAUCCUGCAGGCGGCGCACGACUGCUUCCUGCUGGUGGUGGGCUGCGACCGCGGCCGGCUGCUCUACGUCUCGGCCUCCGUCAAGAAGAUGCUCCACUACGACCAAUCGGAGCUGCUGGGCCAGAGUUUAUUCGACAUCCUGCAUCCCAAGGACGUAGCCAAGGUCAAGGAGCAGCUGUCCUCGUCCGACCUCAGCCCGCGCGAGAGGCUCAUCGACGCCAAGACCAUGCUCCCCGUAAAAGCCGACGUGGUAGCGGGCGCGUCCCGCCUGUGCCCGGGCGCGCGGCGGUCGUUCUUCUGCCGCAUCAAGUGCAAGGCGCCGCCGGAGGGCGCGGCCGCGGCGCCGUCGGCCACCGUCACGGCGCCCGCGCCCCUCGUCAAGGAGGAGGCCGAGCCCACCGCCAAGCUGCGCAAGAAGCAGAACGAGAGGAAGUACUGCGUGGUGCAGUGCACUGGCUACUUGAAGUCUUGGGCGCCGGCGGAGAUGUGUGAGGGCGGGGCCGAGGGCGGCGAGGACGAGGCGUGCAACCUGUCGUGCCUGGUGGCCGUCGGGCGCGCGCUGCCCGACCUGGCGCCGCCGCCGCCGCCGCCGCCGCCGCCCUUCGCGCCGCCGACGCGCCGCCUGCAGUACGUCUCGCGGCACGCCACCGAUGGGAAGUACCUCUUCGUGGAUCAGAGGGUGACGCUGGCGCUGGGCUUCCUGCCGCAGGAGCUGCUGGGCACCAGCCUGUACGAGUACGUGGGCGGCGCCGAGCUGGGCGCGGUGGCGCGCACGCACAAGGCGGCGCUGCUGCGGCGGGACGCGCUCCACACGCCGCCCUACUCCUUCCGCCGCAAGGACGGCUCCUACGCGCGCAUCCAGACGCACUUCAAGCCCUUCAAGAACCCAUGGACGAAGGACGUGGAGUGCCUGGUGGCCAACAACACGGUGGUCAGCGAGACCGACACGCCGCCCGACCUCGCGCAGCAGAAAUUCGACCUCUUCAAGCAAAAGGCGGACGCGGAAAUGCAGCGGCUGAUCGACUCGCAGGUGGAGUCGCACAAGAUCGGCAGCGCCAUCGCCGAGGAGGCGCUGCGGCGCGCGUCCGCCGAGUUCUCGCCCGACCUGCCGCAGGACCUGCUGCAGGACGCCGUCUUCAACCAGCAGUGCCUGUCGUCGAACGCGAUGUACGAGCAGGCGUCGCUCGUGGACAACAUCCUGGGCGUGGACAACAUCCUGGGCGUGGACAUGUCGUCGUCGUACCAGGUGCGCAACAACGUGCCGCUGAGCGCCGCCGGCGCCGAGGGCUCGCCGCCGCCCGCCGGCGCGCCGCCGCCCGCCGGCACGCCGCCGCCGGCCUCGCCGCCGCUGCCGCCGCUCGGGCUGGACGGCAACGGCGAGGCAGCCAUGGCGGUCAUCAUGAGCCUGCUGGAGGCCGACGCCGGGCUCGGCGGGCCCGUCAACUUCUCGGGCCUGCCGUGGCCGCUGCCCUAAGCGAAAGAGGCUGCUUCAUAUAAGGAGGUGCGACCUAAUCUACUUUGUUACUCGUGUACCAUCCUUCUUUCUUACCUUACUUAACAGUUCAAAGUGACACCUUAUUUUGAAACCUUAUUUCUUUAAAUUAAGAUUACAAUUGUAUACUUGCUGUAUCCGUCUCGUGGAAUCGAUCAACGUGGAAAGCAUUAGGGGAGGCCUAUGUUCAGCAGUGGACGUGCUAUGGCUGAAAUGAUGAUGAUGAUGGUGUAUCCGUCUUAAAGUUCCGAAUUUAUUCGAGAUUGUGCUGUCUCCGAUAACCGUUCAGAAUGACACCUUAUUUCUUUAAAUUAACAUUAGAAGUGUAUACUUGCUGUAUCCGUCUUAAAGUUCCGAAUGUAUUCGAGAUUGUGCUGUAAUUUCUACAAUACUUACAUACUUCUAUGCAUGCUAAAGCACCUCCUUGAAAAACCAGCUUUCUCUAAAGGUCUUCUGAAAAUGAUGUGCGUCCUCAAAAGACGCGCGUGUAUUUUUGUUAGUUUGUUUGAGUUUUACGUCGUGUUACAGUUAUUUCGAGAUCGAAGGAGAUUACAUCGAACAUGUAUCACUUAAGUGACUUCGCGAUGUACUCUCCAAGAGAUAUUUUAUUUCGAACCCUCAGUUGUAACAGACAACGCCUGAUUUGACAUCAGAUCAUUUCUCUAAUGUAGAGGAAUUUUUAUUACUGCGGGUUCGAAUCGUUAGCUAUUGUAUUCUAAUGCUCAGUUCCUGUAUUCAUGAUACAAUUCGUGUUGCCUGCGGACAUUUCAAUAUGAUAUUGUUCUUUAGGAAAUUAUGUAGUAUUAUACUUAAUAUAACUGUUCAUAUGCGAAACGAAAAGUUUCUAAAUAUAGGAACAGAGCAAAAUUAAUGUUAUUUGUCAAGAGACAACUUAAGUUAACUUUUGUUACCUAUUUGAGUUUUAUUUUGUGAUGUUAUAUUAGAAAUAAAUAAAUAAUAAUCAAUUUAGAUAAGUAUUGCGAAGUGAGAAGACCUAUAACGUUGUAUCUUAUCACUAUCGCACAGUUUUUAUCAAUUUAAGAGCAAACCAACAUGUUUAUGUCGUGAUUCAAUGUUAGAUUGUUUAUGGCAACAGUUAGAGUGUUGUCUUCGAGGCGCCUGCUCUGGGAGGCGCUUCAACAAGGGUUUAAAGGGUUUCGUAAACAACACUUUAAUUGUAAUAUCUACUACUGUAUACCAAUAGAAUCGUAUAUCGAUAUUCUUAUAACUAAAUGUGAUUCCACGUAACUGUCAUUGUAUCAUGCACUGUAGCUCUAUAUACUGUCGUUGUAUUAUUAUUGAAAUGACCAAUUUUUGUAUUUAUACUUAUUUCUAUUCAAAUUAUACAUACACCGUAUGUAUAACACUAUUUUUUACUGAUAUUAGUUAAUUUAGGAGUGGAACUGUUGUCACGAUCAUGUUUCGUUUGAGUAUUUUUGUAUUAUGAUGAAAUAUCCUCACCGAUAAGUACAAGUUGUGUUAUAAGAUUACCGACAUUGGGCGUAGGGUAGGUAGAUACGCGGUGCGACUUAGCACCGCUAUUCGACAAUAAAAUUAUAAUAUAUUUCACGUUAUGUAUUGAUUUUAAAUUAUUAUUCUUUAAGAGCAGUGAGAAUAUUUCUUCAUCCGGACUUGGCUUGGUUAAGUUCAACUUCUACCAAAUUGUAGCGGAGCUGCUUUCGGCGACGCCUUUGUCCAAUAUUUUCAGAAAGUAAUAAUACUAUCUAGUCAAGUUAAAGGAAUUGUCUAUGAUUUCAAUAAAAUGCCAAUAUUUCCCUAAACGUGCACGUUAUUUCCUGGCGCUCGAUGCGCCGAGUCCUGUUCAAUUAGUAACUCUUCGUGUAAUCGGAUUUGUAAUCAAGAUGUAGCUCAUUGCAAAGCUGUUUAAUCGUCAAUAUAUUUACUAGUAGGACAUUAUCACUAACCUUUGUCAGAGGCCACGACUGUUGCGUUCUUUCGCGCCAUUGUAGUUGGGAUAUUCGUUGACUUUUUGUGGGAUUUGUAUUACCUACAUUUGUUUAGGUUGUGUCGUGGCAAUAGGACGGUGGGUCAAACAGCAGGCCUGUCUCGUGGCCGGAUGGCGGACGGCAGUCGCGCGGUCACAGUAAGGCCCUUUUCACACAUCCCGGUUGCCGGCUAACCGGCGCCGGGUACCCGGUCGUGAAGUGUAUGGGCAUGCCGGAUUAAUUACGCCGGUACAUGUGAAAGCUACGUACCAUGCCCAUACAUUUCACCACCCGGUACCCGGCGCCGGUUAGCCGGCAACCGGGUCAUGUGAAAAGGGCCACGCUGGGCGGCCCCGCUGUCUGUCCGCAGCCGUUUGUUACCGAUUGAUUCGCAUCCGUACAUUAGAGUACUUCAUUUAAUCGCCAAAUAUAACCCGUCUGUGUAUUGAUGCGAAUGAA